GAUUUCAACGUCAUCGACAUUUUAAAUGCGACCGACGAGGGGAAAGUAAUUGUGCAAAACUACCUGGAACGACUUGAGGCUUUCAUUACUGAAAAAGAGCGCAUCACAAUUGUUCAGAUCCUAGUGAAUCGCUUAGUAACAUUGACUGGAAAACUCGACUUAUUUCCCCCGACGGAGAAAAGAAAAAAUCUUGGUGAAGCCAUAGUGGCUGCGUUUCCUUGCCUGGGAAUCAACGUGGAUGGCAAAGUGUUUUCUUUUCAUUUCUAUAAUCAAACAACUGGAUCUGGUUUUAUUGAGACAAGGCUGAAAAGACUGAGGGAAGUUCAUCGUGAAGAACCACGCCGGAAGAGGCCAACAUAGGACUCUUCUUCAAUAAAAAAAAACCGCGUUUCACGAAACGGCCUCAUGUAAAAAAAAAUGCCGACUACAUCUUCAAUGAAGCCGAAUGCCAGUUUAAGGUUGAAUGGUUGAAGAGUCAUCCGCCUGGAGGAGAUAAUGACACAGUCAUCAUUGAGUACAGCAAGGCGACUUUUGGGUAUCGCCAAAAAGAAAUAAAACAAACUCUGACUGAACCUGGUCUCAUCAUGAAAGAAUAUCCCCGCUUCAAGGACUUCCAAAAUGGAUCUCUGUUUCAGGUAGAAUUUCAGUUACUCUAUCCCGAUGCCAAGAACUUCGAAAAAGUCUUUUAAAAAAAAUUCUUAUUUAAAAUAUUGGCUCUGGCUAAUAGAAAAAACAUGGACAUUCCUGACUGCCCUGACGAAUGUCUUAAGGCCGUUUUCGUGUUACUAAAGCUGACUCCAAGCAUCGUUAAACUCCGAAAAGUUAAUUUUCGUUUGAUUACAGAACGACUGAUAGUCUUUUUAAAGGAUAAUGCUGACUUGAUUCAAUUAAGCGAAACGCGAGACCCUCAUUUGAAUCAGCCAUUCAUCUGCUGCAUGGGAACGAUGGAAACUCCUACAAACUUCUGGAUUGUUAUCGAUCGUGAUAUAAUACUGUGUGGUAACGACUUUGCAACUGCUUUCGUUAACUUGUUUUGCUCGUUUUAUGCAUUUAAUUUAAAUUUCCCUCAGUAUUUGGCAUCAUUUUAUGGAUUUUUUGAGGAAUGCGUUUUCGAUAUUAAAAUUCCUUCUCCCUCAGUAACAGCCUUUAGAGCAUCCCUAGAAUGUUUAAGAGACCCACAAGGCUAAAUUUCAAUGCUAACACAAUCGAGCUUAAAAGUGAAUGGCGCCCACUUUUAAGCUUGAUUGUGUCAUCAUGUGCAAUGAUGUUUAUUUUUAAGUUGAGGUGUUCCAAAAAUGCAAAUACUGUUGUCUUAUUUUGUUCUCCUGUUCUUUAUAAUAACAAACUGGGUUUUUUAUGAUAAAAAAUUUAUUGUAUUUGUAUAAAUGUUGUC